AUGGGCAACAACGCAGACGUCAACUUGAAACUGCAAGACCCGGAUGAUGACAUCAAACCUCGACUUUCCGCACAACAGGUGCCCGAGCUAGUCCGUCGACUGUAUGGAUUGGAGACCAGCGAGGUGAAAUCGUUGCCAGGUUACGACGACUUGAACUUCUACAUCCGGGUCAAUUUAAAGGUCAAGGACCACCCAAAUAUUGAUGACAUAUACGAAAAUGGCUAUGUCGUAAAAGUGUUGAACAGUCUGCAGUCCGCAUCGCCGGAAAUCAUAGGACAUAAGCUCGGACCGUACCUCGUUCGUCUAGUGACGUACGUGCCGGGGACAAUAUUCUACGAGACCCCGUAUGUGGCUGGCUACUUCUACAACGCUGGCGUGUUUGUUGCUAGGUUACACAAUGCCAUAAUGGAUGUAAGUAUAUUCCUCACGGAGACACCGACAAUUCGCGAGUUCUGCAAGGCUGUCCCCGACCCCCGGGACCGCGAGGUCGUCCUGCAGGUGCUUGACGAAUUCCAGCGGGACAUCGUUGGUCGCUAUGAGGAUUUUACUCCUGGUAUCGUCCAUGGCGAUAUAAAUGAACAAAACCUCAUCAUGUGUGAAGUUCCCGGGCAAGAGAGUGUGCCGUCAUACCGAAGAAUUUAUGACGAGGCAGCGUUGUUGGAUUUCUCUGACAUAACAAAGUCCUACAUUGUAUUUGAUGUAGCCAUUUCAAUAUGUUACCUAUCGAUAGAAGGCGAGGGCAGCGAACAGCUGAAUAAUUCACGGAAUGAUGUGACAGACAAUAUGACAAAGCUGGGAGCAGACGAAAAAGAACUAAACAACAGCAUGCCAACUGCCAUCACCUUAGAACAUCUCCCGACUGCAAACAGGGCAAGAUAG